AUGACCAUAUUAUCGAAUCCACUCUACAGACCAGUGCUUGAGGCCUUAAGGUCGUCACGUAAUGGUAUAGUUUACGGCGGUAAACUAAGGUUCUCCCAUGCCUUGGUGAUUAACUUGCUCUACCGCUCAGGGCCCUUGGCUCCUCGUCUCAAGCAGGUCUUGAACGCUACAAAGCAACAUACCAUCGUUUUGGCCUCCUUUGCCUUCAUAUAUAAGACGCUUGUCAGCUUCUUGAAGCAAGACAAGCUCAUGGGUGACAAUAUCGGUCUCAUCAAGUUUAUUGCUGGUGCACUUGGUGGUUGGGUUGUCUACUCGCAACACUUUGGCGUGUUCAACCCUGGUAUCACCCAUCAAAUUACUUUAUACUGUUACUCCAGAGUAACAUUGGCUUUGGGUAAGAUCCUUGUUGAUAUCCUCUUGAACUGCCGUCAACCAAAGUUGAGAAUCAGAGGUGAAGAUGUCUUGUGGAGAGACUUGACAGAGACUCAAACCAAGAGAUUCAAGGCCAAGAUUUACAACAAGUCCUGGAAGUACUUUGCUGUGCUUGUGUGGGCUCUUGUCAUGUUCAUCUACGACUUCCACCCACAAUACUUGCAAUCUUCCUUGAGACACUCCAUGGCGUACAUUUAUGACACUGACAUGGACACUUGGUCUAACUGGAGUGAAUUCUUCGGCAUUUUCACGUAG